GUCGUAACUCCGCCCCUACAACGGAGACCCGCCCCUGAUGACAACCUUCCUUCCACCUUCCCUUCCCUUGCCCGCCGCGGGCCGGUCGACGGGGGAUAUAUAAGAGCGGCGCUGCGGCAGCCUUCCAUCGUCCCCGGCGCAUCCACACACCGCAGACAUGAAAUUCGUGCUCCUCGCCUGCCUGGCCGCCGUGGCCGCCGCCGCCCCCCAGUUCGACGCCUCCCUCCCAGUCGUCCUCGUCCUCCGUGACGACCGUCAGGACAACGGUGACGGAAACUUCAACUUUGCCUUCGAGGCUGACAACGGCAUCUACGAGGAGAGGAGCGGCAGCAUCGGCUCGCUGGGCCAGAGCAACAUGCAGGGCUCCUACAGGUUCCCCCUCCCUGACGGCACCUUCGCCGAGGUUCGCUUCGUUGCCGACGAGAACGGCUUCCGCCCUGAGUCCCCGCUGCUGCCCACGCCCCACCCCAUGCCCGCCCACGCCCUGGAACAGAUCCGCAUCGCUGAGGAGCAGCGCGCCAGGGGCAUUACUUUCGAAUAAAUAAUCACUAUUUACGUAGACGAAACACCUCUGUAUUUCUCCUCUCAUACCAUUAUGUGCUAAAUAUAUUUUUAAGUAUUA